AAAAUCAAAUCCUGCUGUCUUUCCAGUACAAGACUAGCCGGAGGUAAGAAGCAAGAAGAUGAUUGAGAAGUCGCCACGUGGUUCUCAACUAUAUAGCAACACCGCCCUUUUAAGGCUAGUCUUCCUCCGUCUCCGAUCUUAUCUUAAGGGUUCUUACAAUACCCACAAGGUAAAUUUUAUGUUUAAUAACCUUAGUCUCCAGUUCAGUUUGCGCGCAACUCAACUAAUCUGAACAAGAAAUCACCUAAGUGUUUUUCUAUGCUCAACCCAACUUUAUUGGACCCCAACCACUAGGCCACGCGCUUGGUUACCUAUAUUUUAUGUUUUCUUGGGUAUGUAAUCAUCUUGGGUGAAACCCCAGAUGGUAAAGCUUCAAUUUUGGCUUUAUUUUUUUGGUUCUUUGAUGGGUUUUCGUGGGACGACAAGAUUUAGCUGCAGCAGGUUUUGCUCAUACCUUCUCUAUUGCUAUGGAUAACUUCAUCAGUUCUGGGUUGGGCAGAGCAUUUAGGAAACAGAGAACUGAUCUGUAUCUACGACCUCAAAAGGAGUCCCAGUUGCGUCUGGAUUGUUGUGAUAAUUCAUCCAUUUCGUCAACGCCACCAUCUGAUAGGUUGAGCAAAGUGUCAAGUUGUGAUAAUGUUGAUUAUGGUAAUAUUUCAAGAACAUCGUAUAGUAACCUUUGUGAAGCUGAGGCUGCAGUUAAGCUUGGUGUCAAAGGUGGAAACGCUGGAGACUCCUGUUUCAGUGAAUAUGAGCAAAAGGAUGGUCAGAUAGAUAUGAGUAGAUUUGAGGGAGACUUAACAACAUCUCAGAUACACGAUUCCAAAAGCAGAACCGUGAUGUGCAGUAACCACUUCGGACUGCCAGGAGUAGUAUCAGAUGGAGCUGGGAUUGACAGCAAAGUCAAGAAAGUGAAACUCAAGGUUGGUGGUGUUACAAGAACAAUACACACUUCUGUUGCUGGUUCUUCUUCUACAAAGUCUUCGUCCUCUUCAGAUGCCCCCGGAACAUGGCAACCCAAGCAGAAUACAAGUGGACAUUAUUCCUUUUAUAGUGGAAAAGCAAUUGGCUUGCGAGGUGUGCCCUGGAAGGAUUUUGCUAAAACUGGUUUUAACAUUGGGAGAGUGGAUUCCUCGAUGGGUCAGUUACAUGGGCAGAUUGCCCUUUUGAAGCAAUUUGGAAAACAUGAGGCAACUCAUAAAAGCAAGUCUCUGUCCAAAAGUCAUUUGUCAGGUAUACCAUUCGAUGAUGAUGACACUGAGGAUGACGAUGAUGAUGAGAUCCGUUACCUGAAGAAGCUCAGGUCUUCCAAAUACUCUGAUCACUAUGACGAUGAUGAUAAAGUUGGAUGCAGAAAACAGCGGAAGAUAUCAAGAGUGUUAAGUCAAAGUAGCAGUGUUUAUGAUGCAGAUCUGAGUGAUUACAGAUCGUUUGAAGCAGGGAAAGGGAUUAAGAAAUCCAAAUCUGAACGCGCAUCUCCGGAUACCGACUAUGAAGAAGCAGUGGUUUCUGAUACUGAGUUAGUACCCAAGAAGAAGAUGAAACAACUAAAGGAAUUCACUGAUAUUUUAGUGGAUGAUAAGAGAAACAUGGCUGUGACAACUCGCCAGCGGGCACUUCAAACUGGAAAAGAUAUUUCUUACAGUGCAGGCUCGAGAGCAAUUGAGUUCCCCCAUGGACUUCCACCUGCACCACCUAAGAAACAAAAGGAGAAGCUCUCUGAAGUGGAACAGCAGUUGAAGAAAGCCGAGGCUGCACAAAGACGCAGGAUGCGAGCUGAAAAGGCUGCUCGAGAGUCUGAGGCUGAAGCAAUAAGGAAAAUCCUCAGUCAAGAUUCUAGUAGGAAAAAGCGAGAAGAUAAACUUAAGAAGCGACAAGAAAAGUUAGCACAGGAGAGGACUGCAACAGCUACUGCACUUUCAACAAAUUCUAUCAGAUGGGUCAUGGGUCCUUCUGGUACUGUUGUGACAUUUCCUAAUGAGAUGGGACUCCCAAGCAUAUUUGAACCCAAGGCUUGCAGCUAUCCACCUCCUCGAGAGAAAUGUGCUGGUCCAUCUUGUAUGAAUACAUACAAAUACAGAGACUCCAAAUCCAAGCUACCUCUGUGCAGUCUCCAGUGCUACAAGGCAAUACGCGAGAAGAUUCAACCUCUGAGUGCUUGUUGAGGAGCUCUUAAAGCCUGGAUGCUGAUGGACACUUGGGACUUUUUUGUUAGAGAUUCUUGUGGAAGGACUGGUUGUGGUUCAUAACAUCUUUUGAUUCUUCUCUCGUACUCCAGAUGGCAUAAUCUAUGGCUUCAGCUUGAGUUGUUGUUCAUUGUAGGCACAGUUAUUGACAGUUACCACCUUUGUUGAUCCAGUUAGUAUCGUUGUGCCUAUGAUCCAUUUACCAAGAUUCUAGUAUAUUGAAAAUAGCUUCAUUAAACCA